GUAUUUUCCAAUUUUUUGAUUGAGUAUUUUUCCGAUUAUCUUUUGAUAUUAUUCCUUGUCUUGUCGUUUCUUGUUUUGUUGGAAUAAAAAGGCUCGGUGUGGUGGAUUGGAUGGCGUGGGAAUGGGGAUGGCACGGAUGGAAACACCAGUGAAGAAGAAAGGGGGGGAAUUGAAAGAAAAGACGAGAGAGAGAACCGGAGAUGGAGAGCAGAGGAAAACCCUAGCUCAGGACGGAGAAGCCAAGUAGAAAGGGACCACAGGGACCAAGGGACGAGAGGUGGAGAGAGAGAUCGAUGGGAAGAAUGGGGAGAGAAGGGAGAAGGAAGAGGGAAAAGAAGGAGGAGAAAAAGAGAGGGAGCGAGAGGGAGGAAAGGAAAGAGACCUGUGGGAAGUCAUCAAUUAGUCCAGUUCUGUAUCAAUAUCGCGUCUCAUCGGAGCCAGCCAGCACUGAGCAGAGAGCCAAGUCGAUAUCAGGACCCGGAGAUGAGGGCCCGGCUGAUCUACUCUCCGACCAUCCUGUCAUUACCUUUGCAAUCAGUCAAUGAAACAGACACUCCCUGCAGUGAAGAGACUGAGAUAGAGCGGUAGAGAUGAGCCGAGAGACAGAAACAGACAAG